AUGUCGUCAGCUGGUCCUGAGACGUAUGAUGUAGUGGUAAUUGGUGCAGGAUGGACUGGCCUUAUCUCUGCAUACACUUAUCUACAACUAGCACCCGACAGCAAACUCCUGAUCGUUGAUGACGGAGGGACGAUUGGAGGAUGCUGGAAUCGGGAAAAGAUCUAUCCCAACCUGUAUGCGCAGAUCAAUCCCCCGAAAUUUGAGUACUCCAUGUGGCCGAUGAAACCCGAAGGCGUCACCAAGGAUGGAUAUAUCCCUGCGGACACGAUCCACGAAUAUCUGAACAGUUUUGCGGAGGAAUUUAAACUGGUUCAGCGCACAAGACUUAAUACCCGAGUGCUCGAGAUCGACCGCAUCGCUGACCGCCGGCGAUGGUCCAUCACAGUCAAUAACGGGGCCAAUCUUCUUUGUGAGAAACUGAUCUACGCAACGGGCCCGACGUCCAAUCCCAUCGUUCCCCGGUUCCCGAGCGACGGGUUCACUUCCCCCGUUGUGCAUUCCCAAGUCAUCGGGGAGCAUCUCCAGUGGAUCGAGAAGAACUGCCGUCGAGUCACGGUGGUGGGAGGGGCGAAAUCUGCAUUCGAUACGGUGUACAUGCUUGUCAAGGCUGGACAGCAUGUAGACUGGUUGGUUCGCGAUAGUCCGUCGGGUGUGGCGGCCAUGGCCGCACCCACAGUUCUCGGACUCUGGAGCAACGUUGACCACGUCGCCACUCGCAUGGCGGCCAAUUUCAGCCCCAGUAUCAUGAACACGUCCGGCUUCUGGUACCACUUUCUCCAGCGGACAUACAUUGGCCGUGCCAUCACCCGGCUAUACUGGCGGGUCCCUACAUUUCUCGCCGAACAGCACGCGGGCUACAGCGCAAACGAGCAGCUGGGGAAGCUGCGUCCGCAUCCGCCUGGAGCUGGGAUGUUCUGGGGUAGCGGAGGGAUCGGUGUUGCCAGCGCCCCAGAGUUCUGGAAGGUGUUGCACUCGGGCGACAUAACGAUCCGCAAGGGAGUGGAGAUCAAGACCCUGUCGCGCGGCAACGUAGUCAAUCUUCAGGAUGGCGAUUCUUUCCAAACGGACUUCGUCAUCUUAUGCACUGGCUAUGACAAGGGGUAUAUGGCCAUGACGCCGCAGCUACGUGAAGAGUGCGGACUUAACUACAGCAUGAAUGAUGACGAUCCAUCUUCUCGCUGGAGGAACAUGGACACACGGGCAGCAGCCCUGGUGGACGAGAAACUACCGUUCUUAAAGAACCCCCCUUCACCUCCCUGUCAUUCUGAAUCCAAGCCCUCACAUGGCCCCAGUCGACACUAUCGGCGAUUAAUCGUGCCCGGCUUGGCGGCAAAUGGGGACCGCUCCAUUCUCUUCCCCGGUCAGAUCCAUUCUGUCUUCACCCCGUUGACGGCCGAGGUUCAGGCGCUCUGGGGAGCUGCAUUUAUGCUGGGCUAUCUGGACCUCCCUAGCCAGAAAGAGAUGGAGUUCGAGGCAGCGGUGUUUAAUGCGUGGACGCGUAAACGGUACUUAGAACAAGGAAAGAAACAUGCCUAUAUUCUUUAUGAUUUUAUGUCGUACAUUGACACACUGAUGGGCGACCUGGGAUUAAAAACUAAACGCAAAUCGAAUCCCCUCGCGGAGCAAUUCGCCCCGUACCACCCUGGGGAUUAUCGGGGGUUAAUCCAGGAAUAUCUUAGCGUGCGAGAGAGAAACAAUAAGACAGCCUCUUAG